ACAGCAGCACGCUGGGUACCCGAGCUGCUUCGGUCCCCUGUGCGCUGCUAGAGGGAUGUGGGCGCCGCGCACUCCUGGGCUGCCUUCCCACAAGGCUCCGGCGGUGCGGCCCGGGGAGGGCGAGGGAAGGCAGAGGAGGCGCGGCUGGCCAGAGAACGGCGAGGGAGCCCCUAACAAAGCAGCUUUGGGAGGGCCGAAUGCCUCCGCCUCCUCCAGCAAUAGGCCUGCGAAGCUGCCUGUCACCCUGCAUAGGUGGAGGUGGCCAAUGACGUACAAAGAAGGAGCUCGAGUUGGCGCGCGCGCGCGGCUCGACAUCAGUGGGAUUGGUCGAAGGUAA